GCGUGAUCGAUCUUUCUGUAACGGCUAGUUUCGAGAGUGGCGAGAAGAGAGUGAGAGAGAAGGACUGUGAUCACUGAGCAGAGUUUUGGUGCUGCUGUUGAUAUGGAUUACGACAAUGACAAGAAACCAUGGGAUUGGCAGAAGGAGGAUCAUUGUCUCCAAAAGGCUUCCAAUAUGAGCAUGUCUCAGGAGCUAUGGAAUGAAGUACCUCAAAAUGAGGAAGAUCUUUCCUACAUGUUUGAUGAUGAAACAACCCCAGUUAAGGCUUGUGGAGAUUUGGCUUACCAUGUCAAUAAUAAUGAUAAUUCACAGAGUGAACUAGAGGAAUGUAGAGAGACUUCUCAAGUGAAGAGGCGUCGGAUGCUACAAUUCAGCAGUGAAGAUGGGGACCUUUCCAUGUCCUGCGAUGACAUGUCCUCAGAAUACCUUAAAUUAAAUGGGAAGGACUCUAUGAAAGAUGUUUUUUUCGAAGUUUCACAAUUGAUAUCAUCAGGAAAUACAUCUGGCUCCAGUUGUGAUGAUCUUGAGCAUUCAGCCGAAGGGUGGCUUGCACAGUGCUUUAAUGAUGCUGAGAUGGAUUUUAGUCCUGAUGAUAUUAUGAAUCUCUCGGAGCAAGACAAGAUUAAUGUUUCAGGAAGGAAGUCUUUCAUACGAGCACCCACAAAACUGGCUUCUUCAGUGGCCUAUCCAUUUGCCUUCAUCAAACCCAGUGGUGCUCAUGGAGAUGUAACUCUGAAGGAAAUAAACCAGCGGAUUCAGACUCCACCUCCUUCAAAACCUAAGAGAAGCAGUGAAGAAGAUCCCUCUGCUUACCCUAAAUCAGCCUUCUCAGGGAAGCCCGUAGUUGGGAAAACCAAAAUUGCACUGAAGGAGGAAAGGCAGCAUUACAAUCAUGAGAACUAAAGGCUAAAGUGUAAGUUAUCAAGUACUAACAUUUUGUCUCACCCCUUAAUACAUGGGGUCUAGUUGAUCUUCUGUAAUAUAUAUAUCCGGCAGACUACAGAAGUUAAUGCUGCAACUUUUUCCUCCUUAUAUUGACACUUUAGUGUUGCUUGUCUUAUUCAUAGUUCAUGAUUUGACCUAAAUCUGUAAUGAGAUGAUGUUCCUUAGCUCCAAACAACUCCGUGGCUUUAGAAUGCCAAGCCAUUAUGUUGUUUAAGUAGGUAGUUCGACUUUGGUUGUUGCGCUCCUGCAUUGGAAAGUCUGGCUAAGGCGCUUCCAACCCCUGGUUAAGGACCUUUUUACCAAGCUUGAGCUUGAUUCUUGUAAUUGAAUCACAUAGACAUUUGUUCCAA